AUGCCGCACUCUCACCAUUCUCAUUCAGGCCAGUUCUGCGCCCAUGCAACAUGCACCCUCGAAGAAAUGGUCCAACAGGCCAUCUCCCUCCACAUGGACACUUUUGCCUUGACUGAACACAUGCCCCGCCAUGCCGCUGAUCUUUAUCCCGAGGAGUCCGACGCCCAAACUCUCCUUGACCUCUUUGAUGCCUACUAUCCCGAGGCCCUGCGUCUGCGUGAGAAGUAUGCCUCACAGAUCAACAUUCUGAUCGGCUUCGAGUCCGAGUGGAUUCGUCCUGAAACCAAUUCCUUUAUCAAAGACUUGCUCGCUCGCUACAAGUUCGACUUCUUCGUCGGCAGCAUUCAUCAUGUCCACACCAAACCGAUUGACUAUGACCACGACAUGUAUUAUGAGGCCAGGACCAUCUCUGGCGGUUCCGAUGAAGACAUCUUUACUGCAUACUUUGACCAGCAAUAUGAUAUGCUCAAGGCUCUGAANCCCCCUCUUGUUGGUCACUUUGAUCUUAUUAGACUGAAGAGUGACGACCCCGAGCGUGACUGGACUACCAUGCCAGCAGUCUGGGAGAAGAUUGUCAGAAACCUCGACUUCGUCGCCAGCUACGGAGGCAUCCUCGAAAUCAACUCGAGUGCAAUCCGCAAGGGCAUGUCUGAGCCAUAUCCCAAGGCUGAAAUCUGCAAGGUUCGUCUUGCCCAACCUCUUGCUUGUUGUACCGUUACUGACAUCUACCAGGAGUUUAUAAGAAAGGGAGGACGUUUUGCUCUUUCUGACGACAGCCAUGCCACCAGUCAAGUAGGCCUCAACUUCUCAAAGGUACUAUGUUUCCUCGAAAGCACUGGCAUCGACCAAGUCUACCACUUCACUUCCAAAACCGACAACUCAUUCGAUACAUCAUCUGUCAAAUCCAUCUCUCUGGAUCAGCUGAAGAAGCACAAAUUCUUCGCUGCAUAA